AUGCUCCUACCACAGAUAGCAGACGAACACGACGCGGACAUCCUGAUCCUGUGUGAACCAUACAGGAGAAGGACGACUCAGACGCACAUUACGAACGAGACAGAGACCACAGCUAUCUGGGUAAGGGGUGCCACCCAAUCCCGAGUCUCUAACCGCGGUGUCGGGGACGAUUACGUCUGGGCUAAAGUCGGCGCUGUCACUUACGUCAGCGUCUACUUGACACCCAACUGCACCGCGGCCGAGUUCGAGAGGAAGGUGGCACUACUAGAAGACGGUAUCAGGGACCUGCCUGGGGACGUCGUCGUUGCGGGGGACCUCAACGCGAGGGCGAUCGAGUGGGGAAUGACGGAAACGAACAGACGUGGACGACUGCUGCUGGAGAUGGCCGCAAGGCUGGACCUAGCAGUGGUCAAUACGGGACAUACGCCAACGUACAGACGACCAGGAUUUGGAGACUCCAUCCCGGACGUGACGCUGACGUCGGACGAACUCAAAGACGCCGAAACAGCAGGACGGAUUGUUGACGGAUUGUUUCCGACGCACCCGAUACGGACGAACGCGACGGACGACGCUGACGUGCCGGCGCCCCCCGUCUUUGUCGCUGAGGAGCUCACCAGAGCAACGAAGGCGAUGAAGAGUGGUAAGGCGCCGGGACCAGACGGAGUACCGGCUGAGAUCCUCCGGCUCGUGGCUCGCCUACGGCCGGAGAUACUUCUCGACCUGUACAACACGUGCUUGACGACAGGAACGUUCAGCGGUCGGUGGAAAGAGGCGAGGCUCGUCCUUAUCCCGAAAGGUAGGGGCGACCCUAACACGCCCUCGGCCUACCGACCGUUGAGUUUACUUGACACGACAGGUAAACUCUACGAACAACUACUGAGACCGAGACUGACGGACGCCAUGCAGGCCGGAGGGGGUCUCUCCGACCUGCAGUUCGGUUUCAGGAGAGGUCGAUCGACGAUUGGAGCAAUCCAAAAGGUGGUUGACUCUUUCCUGGAACUGGACAGACACUGCCACGCAGCCCGACCUAUCGUGCUGCUGGCGACACUGGACAUCAGGAAUGCUUUCAACUCGGCCAGGUGGGUGGAUAUCUUGGAGGCGCUGAAAAGCAACUUCGGAAUCCCACCUUACUUGGCCCGGGUUGUGGAGGAUUACCUGAAAAACAGACGUAUAACGUACGAGACGAUAGAAGGACAGGUAACGAGACAGGUCACCGCUGGGGUUGCCCAGGGGUCGAUACUGGGACCUGACUUCUGGAAUGGCUUAUACGACAGCUUGCUUCGGCUGGAGAUGCCGCUCGGAGUGAUCCUCGUCGCCUACGCUGAUGACGUAGCGGCGGUGAUUACAGAGCGCUCUCCGGAACUAGCACAGCUGAAGUUGAACCAGACCAUGAGACGAGUUGGACGUUGGAUGACAGACCACGGACUGCAACUCGCAACGGAGAAGACGGAACUGACGCUCCUUACGAGAAGACGCAUACAGACGAUACUGCCCAUGAGAGUGGGGGCACACGAGACGGAGACCAAGAGGGAAGUCAAGAGCGACGAGAUUGCGUUAAGAUGGACGGGACACACACAGAAUGACGAGGAUGUAUGUACAAGUUCGGACAUCGGGCCACCGCCAUCGCGCUCUACGCUUAUCGGCCACUCCCAAUUACCUUCGGACUAUCAUACAUUUCGCGAGCGCGAAUUCGCUCUCGGCGCUCUUAGCCCCGCCUCCAGAGAGACCAAUACCCACCUUUCUCACGCACUCCCUAGAGAGAUCGGCAAAUAA